AAAAAAAAGUGAGAGGCUGUCAGUUUUGCCAGAAUCCCUCUGUCAACAAACAAGUUUUUCCUGAAAUUUCUCUGCAUUUUCCCCGAGAUUUAGAGUAUUAUGUGAAAAAUGUGGGACUCAUCAAUGUUCCUCAGUACCCUGACGCCCAAAUUCUACGUGGCGCUCACUGGAACUUCCAGUCUCAUCAGUGGACUCAUUCUUAUCUUUGAGUGGUGGUACUUCCGGAAAUACGGCACUUCCUUUAUUGAACAAGUCUCCCUGAAUCACAUUAGCCCAUGGAUUGGAGGUGGAAGCAGCGAUUCUGGGAAUGGAAGCGAUUCCAAUGGAUCUGGAAGUUCUGGGCAGCAGAUUCCGGAAUGUAAGGUUUGGCGGAAUCCGCUGAAUUUGUUCCGUGGAGCUGAAUAUCAACGCUUCUUCUGGGCUACCAGCAAAGAGCCCCUAACCUACUACGACAUGAAUCUUAGCGCCCAGGAUCAUCAGACCUUCUUCACGUGCGAAGGAGACGCCGGGAAUGCCGAGUAUGAGAUCAUGCAGACGGCGUGGCGUGAGAGGAAUCCAAUGGUACGUAUAAAAGCGGCUCACAGUGCCCUGGAGAUCAACCAGGAUUGCACACCGGCGUACAUUCUGCUGGCUGAGGAGGAGACAACAACCAUCCUGGAGGCAGAGAAAGUGCUCAAGACAGCCCUCAAAAUAGCCGAGGCCAACUACAAGAAGUCGCAGCUGAUGCAGCAUCAGAGUACCAUCCACGAGAGCAUCCACAGGCGCGACACAAAUGCUUUGAUCUACAUCAAGCGUCGCCUGGCGAUGUGUGCCCGGAAGCUGCAGAAGCUCAAGGAGGCCGCCAAGAUGUUCCGGGAUCUCACCAAGGAGAUUCCGCCCAUCAUGAAUGUCCUCAAUAUUCAUGAGAAUCUCAUUGAGUGUCUGCUGGAGAUGCAGGCUUAUGCCGAUUGUCAGGCAGUCCUGGCUAAGUACGAUGACAUCAGCCUGCCCAAAUCAGCCACAAUCUGCUACACGGCAGCCCUCCUCAAAGCCCGGGCAGUUGCGGACAAGUUUUCCCCAGACGUGGCGUCAAAAAGGGGUCUAAGUGCGGCCGAAAUGACAGCCGUGGAGGCCAUUCAUCGGGCAGUGGAGUUCAAUCCGCACGUGCCCAAGUACCUCCUGGAGACCAAGCCACUGAUCCUUCCUCCUGAGCACAUCCUCAAGCGUGGAGAUUCCGAGGCGCUGGCCUAUGUCUUUUUCCACCUCAAUCACUGGAAGAAUGUCGAGGGAGCUCUCAAUUUGCUCCACUGCACCUGGGAGGGUACCUUCCGGAUGCUCCCAUAUCCCCUGGAACGUGGGCAUCUGUUCUAUCCCUAUCCCACUUGCACCGAAUGCGCAGAUCGAGAACUCUUGCCGGUCUUUCACGAUGUCUCCGUCUAUCCCAAGAAGGAGCUGCCCUUCUUCAUCCUCUUCACGGCUGGAUUGUGCAGCUUCACGGCUCUACUGGCGCUCCUAACGCAUCAGUAUCCCGAGCCCAUGGGCCUCAUGGCGCACACGGUGCUCAAUUGGAUCUCGCUACCCUUCUAUUUUUUCAAGGAACGCCUCGAGAGUGUCCUUCCCUGCAAUCUUCUGCAGCAGCUCUCGCGCAUUUGAAUGCUCUCUCUUUGGCACUUUGUCGUGGUGAGAGGCUCUGAUCAAGGAGCCCUACACGGAGGCACUCAACAGCCACACAAAUAUACUCCCAUAUUUAUUUUACUAAAUAAAGAAACUCAAUGUGUGUAGAAUGCAGAAA